AUGGCCACCGCCGUCUCUAAGCUGGCUUCUCAGCCGCCGAAAAUGAAGCGCCCUCCGCCCUCGUUCACGCAGACUGGAGUCAACGGCAUCAAACAGUCCCCCUCCGCUUCCUCAUCACCUUCUAUUACUUCGAAACGCCUUCCCGGUGCCAACCAGUCCUCCUCUGCUACUUCCGUAGGUGGCGCGGUGGCCAAUGGCGCAAACAGCCGCCCUGUCAACAAGUCGCGGAAAGAUCUUCAGAGACCCGGAGACCCCCCAACACGCCUACAACGGCCUUCGACGAGAAACUCAGUUGCCGAAACUGAUCGUCGGCAGACAAAAAUACCUCCAGAGCCAUUUGUUAAAACAACUUCAUAUAUCCUAAAGAAAUAUUCGAAUUCUUCUCCAUCUCUUAUUCUUCAUCUUCAUCCCACCCAUUUUCGAUUCGAGCAGCAGGAUGGCAGCUUUCCCUACAAUUCAGAGAUGAAGGUCAUCAUUGAACAUAUUCGGUCUCAGACUGUACCUCAUGAUAUGCUAGAUGAACUUCUUCGUGCUGGUGUUAAAUUUUACGAAGGCUGCCUUAUAGUCAAAGUUGUGGAUCACAAAUCUAUGUCAGCCCAGACAAGCAAGUCGACAGUACCAUCUUCCGACGAAAAGAAUACACCAUUUUCUAUUCAUAAUUAUAAUCAGCACGUCACACCAUCACCUUACCUCCCAUACCCGAAACAAAAUCAAGUUAGAUCAGAAAAGCUCGACUCUCCCAAACCCGACCCAUCUAGUAAAGAGACUAGCGGUGGUGCGACCGAAGCAUCUACAACUGGACAGAAUGGCGUUACGAACGGAACUAUCACGGCCGAUGAAUCAAUUAAGCAACCGGCCCCUAAACCAAAAGUUUUUACCACAGUUCUUCACCCUACUCCGCUCUCUAUCCAGGCCGAACUGGUCUACUUAUCCACCACGCCACAUCCACAUGCAAAUGUGACUUCAAACACAAACAAAAAGCAACCAGCUCCACAGGGUGCGUCCAAGGUAUCCACGUCAGCAGCAGGUCAGCCCCCGGCAAAGAGGCAAAGGAUGCUUGUUGAACCGCAGGACCUCCCCGAAUUUGAAGCCAAACUCAUUAGAGCAGUGGCACCUCCAGUCUACUUAGAUCCGGUAGACAGUUUUGAAUCAGUACAGCAGCUUCUACAUCUUAUGGAGAGUCCACUUCACUCUGACAAGCCACCUUCGCCUAAGACAAGGAAGCGAACUGUUGCAGAGCUGGCGGCAGACGAAGCCCUGGCUGCGGAAGAGGAAAGAUUUAUGCUUAUCAUGGACGAGAGACUGGAGCCUGCUACAUCUGGUGCAGCCGGUAAUGCCAAGUCCGCUGUUGAUGACACUGCUGGAGCGGUGCCAUUCGAGCCACGUUUCUCACGCUUUAAGACGAUUGAGAACAUUCGUGUUCAACAUGAAGAGAAAGCGAAACGAGAGCACGAAAUGCAAAUCCAACAGGAGCACGUGAAACGACAGCAACAAGAACAGGAGCGAGAACGACGGCGUGCUUUGGAACAACGACAAGCCGAGGAGAAUGCAAAAGAAGAGCGCCGCCAGCAACUUGCCGCUGCACAAGCGCAGGCCCAGAUAGCUGCUCAGCAACAGCAGAGAUUGACCAAUGGUUUGUCUCAAGUCUCACAAGGUCAAAUGUCGUCGCCAAUUGUUCGCAAUCAAACUCCCCACAAUGUUUCAUCUCCGGUCGUUGGCAACAACAUGGUUUCUCAAGGCGGCGUGUCUAUGAGCAUGAGUGCGUCUGCGCAAGGAGCUGGCAGCCCGCCAAGGCCUCCUUCAACAAUGCAGCAUGCUCAUCCAGGUGUUAUGAGCCACCCAAUGGCGCCUUCAAGAAGUCAACAGAGUCAAAGCCGAAACGGCACGCCUCAAUUAGCUCAAGGCACUCCCGCCAUGACACACGCUACUCCAGUGAUGCGUAACGUUACACCGACGCAGCGCAUGAACCAUAGUAGCCCACCGAACUCUACUAUGGCUCAAACUCCUGUAAUGAAUCAACCCAUGAUGACCACGCCUCAAAUGGGAGCUGGAGUGAAUCUCACGCCCCAACAACAACAUCACCUUCUUCUACAGCAGCAGCGACAACAACAACAAAUGCUCGCACAGCAAGGCCUUACUCCACAGCAGAUGGCUCAGUUGCAGGCUCAUCAGAACAUUCAAAAUCAUCAACAGCAGCAGUUAUUGCAUCAACAACAACAAUUGCAGCAAAAUCAGCAGCAGCAGAUGCAACACAACAUGCAGUCUCAGCAAUCUUAUCAAGCCCAGCUACUACGAUCACAAAUGGCGCAGAUGCAAUUGGCACAGCAAAAAACCCAGCAGCAGCCAGGAGGAAUGCAGAUGACUCCUCAACAGCAGCAGCAGCAGCAACACCAACAGCAGCAAAUGCUUAUGGCAGCUGCUCAGGCCCAGGCUCAGGCGAACGGUGGACAGAUGGCUCAAAGCCCUGUUCAGUGGAGCCCUCGACACCAGCAGAUGUAUCAACAGCGCGUCGUCAUGCUUCGGCAGGAUAUGGUAAGGCGAUACCAACCGCAAUACGGGUCGAUUCAGAAUUUCCCGGCUCAUAUUGGUCAACAAUAUGGGCCUGGAGUGGAAAAGAAUGCGAGAGCGUUUGUUAUGGAAGUUAUGCGGAAAGAACAACAAGCGAUUCGCCAUGCUGCAUUGAUGCAACAGCAGCAGCAGCAUCAACAGCAACAACAGCAACAACAAAUGAUGGCAAACGGUAUGGGGAAGUAA